GACACUCAUUUCUCGGACGAGGAGGAUCAGGAAGGGAAGGAAAGCAGAAAGUGGAUGCAAAGGGCUGAGCGAGCAGGCGGGUAUUGGAAAUUUGACUGAAGUCUACCUAUCAUGCACUGGAGAAGACUAAAGGUGGCCUAAAAUUUCCCAGGAGCCCCAUUCUCUGCUGGAAUUAGUGGACUGGUCUCCUCUGAGCUGGGCAGCUGAAGAUGAGGUUGCUGUGGGAGCUGCUGGUGCUGCAGUCGCUCAUGGUGUGCCUUGCAGGAGGAGCAGAUUUGCAGUGCCCUGCUGACAAACUGAACCGCCCGACGUGCGUCUCCCGGCCGGUGACACGGCGCAAACGAAGUCACAGCUCUUUGGCUCCACGUGUGCCAGACUCACAGUCCCUCUCUUGCUGCUUCCUGGGAGCAGUUCUGCAUCGCUCACGAGGUGCUGAUGACAACACACUGCACGGGCCAGUUUUCCUUCAGGAACCCAACAGCCUGAUCUUCCCUUUGGAUUCAGAGGAAAAGGAAGUGGAGCUGAGCUGUGAAGUGAAAGGAAAUCCCAGACCAACCAUUGGGUGGAAGUUAAAUGGGAGCAGCAUUGACGUGGGGAUGGAUUUCCACUACAGGCUGGUGAAAGGCAACCUGCUGAUCAAUAAUCCCAAUAAAACCCAGGAUACUGGAACGUACCAGUGUGUAGCAACAAACCCGUUUGGAACCAUUGUCAGCAGAGAAGCAAAGCUUCAGUUUGCCUACCUGGAGAACUUCAAGACCAGGACGAGGAGCACGGUGUCUGUGCGCCAGGGCCAGGGCAUGGUGCUGCUGUGUGGGCCCCCGCCCCACUCGGGAGAGCUCACCUACGCUUGGAUCUUCAACGAGUACCCGACCUUCGUGCACCAGGACAGCCGGCGCUUCGUGUCGCAGGAGACGGGCAACCUCUACAUCGCCAAGGUGGAGGCCUCGGACGUGGGCAACUACACCUGUGUGGUGACCAACACCGUGACCAACAGCAAGGUCCUGGGCCCCCCCACCCCCCUCAUCCUCAGGAACGACGGGGUGAUGGGAGAGUAUGAGCCAAAAAUAGAAGUGCAGUUCCCAGAAACGGUUCCAUCUGCCAAAGGAACAACGGUGAAACUGGAGUGCUUUGCCUUGGGGAACCCAGUUCCUACAAUCAGCUGGAGGAGGGCAGAUGGGAAACAGAUCCCCAGGAAGGCCAGGAGGCACAGAUCGAGCGGACUCCUCGAAAUCCCAAAUUUUCAGCAGGAAGACGCUGGACUCUACGAAUGUGUGGCUGAAAACGUGAGAGGGAAGAACGUGGCACGAGGACAGCUGACAUUUUAUGCUCAGCCCAGCUGGAUCCAGGAGAUCAGUGAUGUCCACGCAGCCAUAGAGGAACGUGUGUCCUGGGAAUGCCGGGCCGGCGGGAGACCCAAGCCCUCGUACCGCUGGCUGAAGGAUGGGGAGCCUCUGCUGGCCCAGGGCAGAGUUCAGCUGGAGCAGGGCUCCCUCACCAUCACCAACGUCAGCCUGUCGGAUGCUGGGAUGUAUCAGUGUGUGGCAGAGAACAGACAUGGCACCAUUUUCACCAGUGCAGAGCUGAGUGUCAUAGCCAUCGGUCCAGAUUUCUCCAAAACACUCCUGAAAAAGUUAACUCUCGUGAAAGUGGGUGGUGAAGUCAUCAUUGAGUGUAAGCCCAAAGCUUCUCCCAGACCUACUUAUUCUUGGAAGAAAGGAAAAGACAUCCUGAGAGAAAAUGAGAGGUAA